CACUGGUCCUUGUCGGAAACAGUCACGUGACCUCCGAGGGCUUCGACAAAACAAAUCGCUGUAAUGAAACUGAAGCAGAAAAGAAACUCAGCCAGCGCCGACAUUAUCACAAUGUGUAUCAUACGGAUCAGGCGGUGAUUUAGCUAACGACCCGGGGAACUAAUGUUGGCUAAAUAACCAGCCUUUUUUUUAUUGUUUUAACACCAUGAAUUUAAGAGGACUGUUUCAGGACUUCAAUCCAAGUAAGUUUCUGAUCUACUCCUGCCUGCUGCUGUUCUCCGUGUUGCUGUCCUUGAGGUUGGAUGGGGUCAUCCAGUGGAACUACUGGGCUGUGUUCACCCCGAUAUGGCUGUGGAAGCUGCUGGUCAUCAUUGGGGCCUCUGUGGGCACUGGAGUCUGGGCACACAACCCCCAGUACAGUGGACAGUUUGAUUUCACAGUUGGCCAGUCAAAGUUGUCGUUACUGUUGCUGCACUGUUCAGCUCCGCUCUGUGCUCGUCUUCCUAUAGGGUGGUUUGGAAUCCGUAAGGACUUCUGCCACUUCCUGUUGGAGCUCCUCCCCUUCCUGCGCGAGUACGGUAACGUGUCCUACGACCUCCAACGCAGCGAGGACCCUGAGGCGGCUGAGGAUCUGCCCGUCCCCGAGCCGCCGCCAAAGAUUGCCCCCAUGUUCCACAAGAAGACCGGCGUGGUGAUCACACAGAGCCCCGGGAAGUACUUCGUCCCGCCGCCUAAACUCUGCAUCGACAUGCCUGACUAAUCUCAGAGCUGAAGUGGGGUGGGGGGGUGCUGUGCUCAGGUGUUCGAGUCACGGAGCCGAAACAGCAGAGCACACUGUGUUUGGUUUUUAUCUGCUGGCCUGAAGGAUUUUGCUCCCCUCCCCUAAACUCUGCAUCAGCAUGGCGGGCUGGGGUGACACACAAGUGCCAAUAUGGUGAUGGAGAACUAAUGGAUCCAGAAUCGUCACGUUGGUUUCACUGGCUGUUGAAGCAAAGACCUUGAGGAUUAAAUCAUGGAGCCAGAACAGCAGACUGCUUUCUUUCUCACCUGUAGGUGAAGUUUCACUGUGUUCCUUACUCCCAGUUUUAUCCGUUCUGAAGAAGCGUCUCGCAUCAGGGGAAACCGAAGCGCUGGACCUGCGUGGACUUAAACAUUUGACUCUAUAACAGCAGUAGAUGUUUGCUUUAGGUUCAAAGCGUGUCUGAAUCAAAGGUGACGCUUGCCUUGCUUUGUGAUGGGGACCAUUGGAGAGGCGCUCUGGCUUGAAUUUGGGAUCAGUGUACCCUUAUUGCUGUGUGUUCUCACAUUUGACCAUGCAGGUGGAGAAAACAAGCGCGGUGGGGUCAAAGGGAAGGGUCAGAUUUAUUCAGGUCUGUCUUGGUCAAAUACUCACAUGCUGCCCCUGUGGACAGUGAAAGAGUUAUUAUCCCUCCUGCUCAUACUGGCUGUGAAGUGAUGCCAUCCUAAUGUGAUUCUGAUCCUCAGUUCUUGCUGUACGUAGAAACGUAUUCAACAGUGCAGCCACACCGAAGCAUCAGCAGCAGAGGUGCCCUCUGAAGUGACAGUCCUGUCAGUACGAUUCCCUCUAGGGCCGUAACCAACGCUUGUUUUAAUCGUUGGUUAACCUGUCGAUUAUUUUCUCUGUUAAUCGAUUUAGUUGUUUGGCCCGUAAAAUGUCGAUCAGUGUUUCCCAAAGCCCAAGAGGACGUCUUCGGAUAUUUUGUGUUGUCCACAACCCAAAGAUAUUCAGUUUACUAUCAUAAAGGAGUACAGAAAUCAGAAAAUAUUCACAUUUAAGAAGCUUGACUGCUGGAGCCUCUUUAGCUUCAGCUGGAAGUCAGAAUGCAUCAUUAUAAGGACACUUGAUUUUGUCCCACGUUUCUUACAUUAGUGUUGAGCUUCAUGGCCAGUGUGGACAGAGAGAACGUUUACAGCAAUCAUUAACUCCUUUAAUGUACAGUACUUUGGGCAGAUCUGAACUAAUCUGAGCAUUUUCUUUAAAAAUAGAAGAAUGGAAAUGGCACUUUGUAAAACCUGUCUGACCUGUCAGUUUUUUGUAUUCCUGUUUUUGUUGUUGAUGUAAAUAUCGGAAGUUGUUAAGUUAGGGACCAGAGUGGAGACGGCAGGGUUUGAAGGUGGGAGGCAGGGGGGGGAAAGUGUAUUUGCAAACAAUCAACCACUCCUGUUUCAAUGUAACAACCAUCUGUGCAAAUGCUCAGAGGUCAUCAUAUUCAAUGAAGACAGAGUCAAACCGGUUGCGAACCACCGAAUAAGCUUCUCAAUUCCCUUUCUGGUUUGUCCAAAACUUUCUGCCAUUCGUAAUUGCACGGUAUCUCCCAUGUGAGACACCUAAUUCAAUAAAUACAUGUUUGGGGCCCUGUAACAAAUGGUGUAUUUGGGGGGCCGUGCUUUGCCAUCUGCUUGUUUAAAAAAAAUAAUAAUAAUAAUAAUCCUACACAUUGGCUUUAACUAGUUUAUUUUUUUUUAUCCACAUGUGAGUAGUGAAACUCCUGCGAUUCCCUGUCUGUGUGCGCACAUUGCCAGAUUUCCUCACUUUCUCAAGUUACUCAGAGUAAAACUACGUCUCUUGUGUUAUUUUUGUUGGACAGGCUGACUGCUGGAGUGUCCAGCAUGCUGUGUGUACAUUUAUUUUCUACAUAUUGUCUUUUUUUCCCCCAUUAAAUUGGUCUGAUUUGCUCAUUA